UUUCUACUCCGGUAAACACACUUACAAAGACUUCCAGAUCCACUUCAAGACUCACAAGUAGGCAUAUCUACUCCCCAUCCAUCCAUUGUCACUCCGAGGUGUAGCUUAGGUCCGUGCUAUUGUAUCAUGGCGGAGGUGUUUUUAUUGGGAGCCUGCCAGUCCACAAUAGUGCCUGGAUACCAGAACCCCGAGAUUCACACGCAUGCAGGAGUAGUCUGACCAGAUCACUAUGUUAUUGUGACCGUUAUUGUAGCUUCGUAUGGUAUUGACCCCUCUUUGGGGAACUUGAUUGUAUUGAAGGCGAAGGUCAAGCAGCCAGACUAACUGGAGAGGCCAGCGGUCAGCCAUCUCGGUGACGGCCAGGCCUGGGCUGUAUUGGGUUUGGCAUCGGGGAUUGGAACAAUGCCACACAAAGGCCACAGCGGAAUCAAUCAAUUGGGUGGUGUGUAUGUCAACGGCAGACCAUUGCCAGAUUCAACUCGCCAAAAGAUAGUCGAAUUAGCCCACAGCGGUGCCAGACCCUGUGAUAUUUCUCGAAUUCUUCAAGUAUCCAACGGCUGCGUAUCAAAGAUUCUUGGCAGGUAUUACGAAACGGGUUCCAUCAAACCACGUGCCAUUGGAGGAAGUAAGCCACGUGUUGCCACCGCAUCGGUAGUGACAAAAAUAGCAGAAUUUAAAAGAGAGUGCCCUUCUAUAUUUGCCUGGGAGAUAAGAGAUAGAUUGUUAUCGGAAGGUGUCUGCAAUAACGAUAACAUACCUAGCGUAUCAUCCAUCAACAGAGUUCUGCGUAAUCUUGCCGCUCAGAAGGAGCAACAACAUCAGCAACAAUUAACAGUUGCUGGACCGGAAUCUGUUUACGAAAAAAUACGCAUGCUCAACGGACAACCUUGGCCCUGGUAUCCAGCUGGUGCAACUCAUCUCACACCAGGGGUACCACACGCACCAUCACCAGCGGGUCUGGGAAGUGCUGCGGGAGCGGGAAUUGUUGGCAAUGCUGUAACGGGUACCCCUAAUUUGACAGCAUGCAAUGGACAACACGGCGAAGAUUCGUCGAGUAGAAAAGGUACCAAUGAAGCUCAUUCAGAUGGCAAUUCGGAGAACAAUUCUUCAGCAGACGAAGAUUCCCAAAUGAGGAUGCGUUUGAAACGUAAGCUUCAACGCAAUCGCACCUCCUUCACCAAUGAGCAAGUUGAAGCGCUGGAGAAAGAAUUCGAAAGGACACACUACCCCGAUGUUUUUGCGAGAGAGAGAUUGGCAGAGAAGAUCGCUUUGCCUGAAGCACGGAUACAGGUAUGGUUUUCGAAUCGCCGAGCAAAAUGGAGAAGAGAGGAGAAGUUAAGGAAUCAAAGAAGAGCCGCGGAGCAAGCAGCUGUGGUUACACCAUCAGCGGGUCGUUUACCACUGAAUGGAACAUUUGCAAACUCCAUGUAUCCCUCCAUUGGUCAACCAAUGGGUGGAAUGGGAGAUACUUAUAGGUGAUCAUUCUUUAAACUACAUUUUUACUUGAUUUUAAAUGGGGAUAAAAUUGAAAUUGUGAAUAUAUUUAUAAAAUAUUUAUAUUUUGGCAUUAUUAAUAAUCUAAAUUCUUUAAAAUGUGUGAAAGUUAG